GGCAUAUUUCUGAUUGGUUAUGGAAUAUGGCUGAUCAGAAGUUUCGAUAAGCUUCGAUGGCAGAUGAACCAAGAUCCCCGAGAUGUAGAGCUGCAUGGCCGGCCUUGCUGUGAUGAGUGGAUUUUAGAUGUGGCAGGGUGUGUCGCCAUCUGCCUUGGCGCCCUGGUCAUCAUCACCAGCAGCGUGCUACUUGUCGGCAUCAAGAAGCGGCAGCCGGCGCUGGUGGCCCAGUGGCCUGCCGCCAUCGCCAUGCUGUUGCUGUGUGGUCUGGGGCUCACCGUGGCUGCCAUCGCCGCCUCCGCCUCUGGACAAAGGCACCUGUUGCUCCUGCUACCUGGUCUGACCACCAUCAUCGCUGCAGGACUGGACGUGUACGGGAUGCUGAUUGUCCACAGCUUCUACAGGCAGCUAUUGGACGAGAGGAAACCGUCGCCUCCCGUGCCCUUCGUGGGUUAGGUUUGCCUGCCUGCCUGCCUUCUCGUGGCGCUGCGCCAGUACAUGGAUCACGCUGCUCGCGUUACCGGCAACCAGUGGACGAAAAAUGGGGGAUCAGAAUCCCAUCCAGUUGCAACACGCUGGCCAGAGCAUGGGCUGAGAGACUCGACGCGGCAGUGCAAGGGUUAUGCAUCAUCCGAGAGAAGGCACCUGUAUUAGCUGAUGCCUGAAUUCUUUGCUUUUUAUGUGCUUGUGCUGUCAACUAUAUACCUCGAUGCUAACAGAAGUAUCUUGUUACUAAUUUUCAUUGGUUAUUUAUAUACAGAUGUAUUCGCUACUAUAGUAUAAGAAAGUGACUUGUUAUUAAAUGGAAUUAUAGCCGA